GCCGCGAAAAGCUUCCGCGAAUAUGGGCCAAAUACUCGCUUAUUGAACCCAACCUUCGCCUCCAACCGAUUCCCCCCUUCUUCUCUUCUUCCCUCGUCGUCGGCUCUGGCGACCACAACGACCCUAAAGACGAUACCCACGACCGCUACGAUCUGACGGCUUGCCUUGGACACGUUUUUGGCCACUCAACAAUAACCAUUGUCCAAUCGACUCAUUUACCAGGUUUGGACCUUCAGCCACGAGUUCAAAUACGCAGUGCCGCUCGCAGCGCUACCCCACCUUCUUUUGUCUACCAACUACCAUGCUUGCUACCACUCCAACCUCGGAAUAUGUCCGAAAAUCCAGACGGGAUAUCAACAUUAGCACUCCCCCGAGAUAUUCAGGCCCUUCGUCCUAUCGCUCACCCCUGCUUACCCCUUCACCUCUGAAAAGACACACAGCACCAAUGGAUGAAGACGACCUAUUUUCGUCGCCUCUGCCUUCGGCGUACAACUCUCGACGAGAGCAUCCAGCGCGAAGGCCUAGGGACGAUGAUGACGAAGACGACGACGGGUUAUUUGCUAUACCACAGUCCCGUGCACUCUUUCCUCCUUCCUCUUCUCCGGUGCCGUUGCGGACACCAAUAAGGCAUUCUGGUCGUGUUCUGUCGCCGGAGCGUCCAGCGUUGUCUGUCAAACAUCUGAACUCGCCAUCGACGACUACCCAAGGUACCAAACGGAAGCCCACGCCAGCGUCCACAACGCCUGUUCGUAGGCGUACCCUCACUCCGCUAAACACUACCUCAAACCUAGCGGUGGAUGAUGGGGAAUCUGUUUUGGGGUUUGAUCGCCUUGCGCCUCUACCAGCGCCGCGAUUCAACUUACGUACACCUCAAAACAAGACAGACACCGAGACUACUCUCAAACGUCAGGCUGAUUCCAUGACGAGAUUGCGAAUUAAUGACAUGGGACAAUCCGGAGACGAGAGUGGGUAUGACUCCGGUGGUGACUUCCCUGACGCGGGUAAGACGUUGUUUCCUAGCAGUGCCGCUAAGGGACGGGCAAAGCAGAGACCACCUCCGCUUCAAUCACCUCGUGUGCAACUUCUGAUGAAAGAGGGGCAGUCGAAAGAAGGCGAGGUUGUCGAAGCGAUGUCUCCUGGCGGUCAUAUAACUAAACGCCGUGCCCGCUCGAGGCCAGUGUCUGCAGAACUUCUCUUAAGCAUUCAAACAACACCGGAAGAACAAAAGGCAAAAUCGAGGGUACAAAGUCCGAGUACGAUUGCAUUUCCCCCGCGAAGUGCAUUGCGCUCCCGUCAAUUAUCCUACUCGUCGACCACUUCAUCUGACGUCGGUUCACCCCCACGCUUUCGACCAACGACAGCCACAUUACCUCGAUUACAGACAGAGACUGCCUUUGCACCACCCCGCACCGCGCUAAAUCGACUUGACAGUGUUAGCUCAGCCACGCUGUUCUUCGGACCUGCUAUUCCCCAGCCGAACAAACCAAACACAGCUUCCAAGGAUGUCCCUAUGAACGUUGAUGUCCCUGCUCGACGUAGCCUGGACAACAACAGAAAUAGCGAUGAAAAGUCUGGCGGUGCAACACCCUGGUUGUUCAGUGGGGCCGCGUCGCCACAAACUCGCACGUUGUUACAAGUCGAUAGCGACGAGGAAGCUGACUUCUUCUUCAGUAGCAGCAGUGGCCCUGCCGAUUCUUCGUUUACGUUCAGUCUGACUGGGGAAACACCAAGCCCUAAGAAGAAGCGGCGAACUGAGUCAGUGGAGUUACUGCCAAAGAAAUUUCGACCGAGAGAUUCUGGAGUUGUUCUGGACGAGAGUGACGAUGGCAGUUAUGAGGGGUUGCCGAGAGCUUCCACCUCCGUGAGUACAAUGAACUCGGAGAGUGACGGGGAAGCAUUGGUCACGCCUGGCUUUGGCCCUAGCGCUGGGUCUGGGUGGCCCAACGUUGGGAUCUACAACCUGGAUGAAGAUGAGGAUGGUCAUUUUGGUGGAGCAUUGGGAGGGGAGAGGAGCGUGGAUGCAUUCAUCAUGCGUACGCUUACCGCUGGCGCAAAAUUGUCGAAGGGCGAGGCGGCCAAACGACCUCCGGGUACACCUGUCAAGAGGGUCAAAACAUCUCAUAUCAUCGACAGGCCGUGGCAAAGUGCAGUCGCCUCCAAGAUCGGGUUCCCUGACUUCGACGACCCGCACAGUGCUGGAGUUAAGGCAGCAAAGAAAGGAAAGCCGAGAAAGAGUCUUCCUGCGGCUUUCCCUGUCACGACGAAACCCGCGAGGACCGAGCGUCAGCGGCGAGACGCGUUGAACUUCGGUUCAACUGGUCUCAAUAUGGAAGUGGAUGCGGAUGGAGAUGAGGAGGAGGCGAGUCCGACCAUGCGGCGGGAUGCGAGAUAUGAAGGCUUGGGCUUAGGCAGACCUGCGGUCCAUCCGCUGGCGCGUCCUGGAACGGAUGUCAAAGGUGGCCGGACGUCCUGGCUCAUGCGUAGGAGCAGCAGUGGUGCUUUCUCUAGCGGAAGCGAGACUUCCACAGCUGCCACACCGACCAGGCUGACAUACAAAGAUUGGACAUUGAAGUUGCCUAUGCUAUCAGCUGGAAGUGCUUCCACUUCGACCUCGACUUCGGCUACAGAGUCUCCCACAGCGGAUGCAAUGACACGACAUCUUUCUGGUGUGUCACCAAAGAAAGGCGCCUUUGCCGUUCCCGCUCAGCCUCGAUCAUCUAAUCCAUUCGGCCCAUUCCUGCGCACGCGUCGUUCUAUGGCGUUUGGUGAAGAGCAAUUGGGGAGAUUCGAGCGUGACUUUGUGGAGAUUGAUGAACUAGGAAGGGGCGAGUUCGGCCGGGUGAUGAAGGCGAGAUAUAAGCAAGGCUCGCAGGAGGUGUUUGCUGUGAAGAAGUCUAAGCGGUUUGAAGGAGUGAAGCAUCGACUUCGGCUUCGAGAAGAGGUCGAGAUCCUCAAGCAUUUAUCUCAGUUUGCUGGUGCCCAAGGUCAUGGUACGCAAGUACAGACCCGUUCUCAGGCGCACCCAGCGGCUUUGGGACGUCAUCCCAACGUGCUCGGAUAUAUCGAUAGCUGGGAAGAAGACGAGACGUUGUUCAUUCAGACAGAGUUGUGUGAAUUGGGCAACUUUGCGAACUUCCUGUGGGAGUAUGGCAAGAUGUUUCCGAAGUUGGACGAGGAGCGGGUUUGGAAGAUUCUCGCAGACCUCAGCGAUGGUCUAAGCUUUAUACAUGACGCAGGCGUCAUCCACCUCGACCUCAAGCCAGCCAACAUCUUCAUUUCAGGCGAGGGCCGAUUCAAGAUCGGAGAUUUUGGCAUGGCCUCUAUUUGGCCACGUCCUCCGACACAGACGAUCGGAAGCAAUGGCACUCCUAUGCCCUCCGGUUCUGGCCAAUCUGAAUCUUUUGAACGCGAGGGCGACAAACUGUACCUUGCUCCGGAAGUGUUGCAGGGGAAAUAUGGCAAGGCGGCCGAUAUUUUCAGCCUGGGCAUGACGAUGCUAGAGACUGCAACGAACAUCGUGGUACCUGAUCAGGGAGAAUCUUGGCAUCGCCUUCGUCACGAGGACUUUGCGCAGGUCGACUUUACUGGCGUGUCAAGAGAGCUUGUUGAGUUGAUCAAACAUAUGAUGCGGAGCGAUCCUGCACUGCGUAUUGAAGCUGGGCUCGUUGCUGCUCAUCCUAUCGUGAUAAGGGCUCGUUCGCAUAUGGAGGCGCUAAGGGAGGAAAGAGGACCGGUCUUUGGUGCCUCGCCGCUUUCGAGUGUGGGCGAAGGUUGGCUGGAAGACUUGGUUGAUCGGGAUGUGGAGCGUAUGGAUAUUGGUUUCUAGGUGUCCGCUUGAAACUAGUUCGGAGAGCCGGUCAGACGAUGGGUCUCUCCAUGUUCCGUUCAGUCCUGCCGCCCCCGUUGCGCUCCGUUCGCUGGUCGCUCAAGACUUACCGCCCCGCUGUGCUCCUUUUGGUUUGGUUGUUAUUUGGGAUUUCUGUUGAUUUUGGUUUUUGGACUGUCCAUGAUUCCGCUUUCUUGUGCUUAUGUCAAAUUGGGUAUGUCUUGUAUGUUUUUCUUGCUUUCCUUUUUGCCUUUGAUCUUACGUUGAACUUUUAUGUCCCAUUUUUGCAAUUCUUGUCUACCCCAUUCCAGAUCCACCUAUUCUUGCAUGCACCAACCAUUUCAAUCCAUACUUCACAAGAUCAUCGCACCCACGUCCGACGCUCAAUAAUAUAUUCACCUCUCAUCACUUCUUAUCCCCUUUUCCUGUAUCAUACACUCUCCCCAGUUGUCGCACGUUUUACCCCAGCUUGUCCUUUGAUUCCCCUUGCACUCGUGCAUAAUCUUCAUCCUUCCUUGCUCGUCCUAUCUCAUCUCUGUCGUCUUUAUCUUCAUCUCCACGCCCAACACCCAUACCAUACGCAUCGACUCAUCGACCUUCAUCUAAACCUCGCCGCAUUCAUUCAUGAUAUGCAUACCCACCCAUCUUCUGCCUACUCUACAUUGGAUCUCUUUUUCCUUUUUACCCAUUCCAUAUUGUCGAAUCGUCGCCGUCGCUCAUCGCAAAACCUCAUCCGCAAUCGUCGUCCUACAAAUGAUUUCCGCGCAAAACUCGAACGCAAAACGUUAUUUAAACCUAUAUCCUCUUUCCUUCCGUCGUCGCUGUGCCUUUACCUUCCCUUACGUGUUUUUGCAUACAUUCUUGCAUCCUCAUUCACAAACAGUCUAUGAUCAUGAUUGCGCUCUAUACUUUCAUUUCCGAUAUUUUUGACUUGCAUUCUUUCUUGCGCCUAUCAUACUUUUCUUAUGUCACCGGAGUUGCUGAAGAACAAAAAGGGAGGACAAAAAGGGCACGUUUCUUGUGUUUGAUUUGUCUACUCUUUCGGUUUGUGUCCAGACUUGGUUUUCCUUUUCUUCUUGCAUGGUUUGUCGCACAGUGUGUUUACGGAUAGUAUAUACAGUAGUACAUAUGCCCCUUUUUACGUAGUUAGAAUACAUAAAUUGACAUGACCUUCCUGUAUGCCCCCAGCUUGUACAAUC